GCGGCGGCAGGCAUUGCUGGCCUCAACAGCCUCCUUGGCGUGCUGGCGAGCGGCGCCGGCUUGCCAGCGGCCGCGGCGCUGCUGGCCGAGGCCGCGGGGGGGGCCGGCGCCCGGCCGGAGGCGUCGAGCUACCAGGUGCUGCUGAGAGCGUGCCUCCGGAGGGGCUGGUGGGAGCAGGCCGUCGCUUACCUGGACGGCAUGCGCGCCGCCGCUGUGUCCCCUGACGAACCAGCUUCCACGCCUGCGUCGCCGCCUGCGCCAGGGGGCAGCGCUGGGAGGGCGCCCUGCGCCUCUCCGCAGACCUGCGGGCGGCCCGCCUGGAGCCGAGCGCGGACGUCUACGCCGUGGCGGCCAGCGCGUGCGAGCAGGGGCGGCAGUGGGAGCGGGCGCUGGCGCUCGCGCGCGAGGCCGAGCGUGGCGGCCUGCGGCCGGGCCUGGCGCUGCUGA